AUGGCGGAGGAGGAGGACAGCAGGACCGAGGCUGUGGCCCUCAGACACAGAUUUCAGAAUCUAAUCUCUGAAUUAAAAUCGAGUUCCCAGUCGCCGCUUGAUGCCUCCAAUAGCUUUUGUCAGGAUUUCUGUCAAGUUUUGAUGAAUCAUGGAAGUCAGUGGAAACCAGAUGAAGAUCCGGUGCCUCUUUUGGCAAUGUACACAGUAGCUAUAGUGUGUUAUGCUGAGGCAAGACCGUUCCUCUGCCCUGAGUGUGAACACGUGACAGAAGUGCUAGACAAGUUAUCAUGGAGCUGUCUAAAUCUUCUGCUGUCAUUCUCUGAACAGUUCCCAGGUGCCUUAUGGGAAAGGUUUCAAUCUUCUGUCAAGGUGGCUCAUGGCAUCUUUCAGGCACAUGGGAACUCACAGCUUCACACCCUGUUCAGUCUAGCAGAGUAUGGCGUGUGGACUGACACCACGCUGUGUAGCCUUCUCUCAAACAACAUGCCUGAUGUAGAGAAAGUUCAAGAGUUUUUAGUUCGAGAAGGCCCUGAACUGCUUCAUAUGCGUGUAAAGCACCUAAUCAAACAGAAACUUGUGGAAAAAGCUGCGAGGCUUGCAAGGACCUGCACAAAGUUUCCUGAAUUUGGAGGAAAGAAAAAUUUCAAACAAAUGUACCUUGUAUGUUUGUGUGAAAUUAAAUCACAACAAGAACUCAUGCAAGAGAUAAAGGAGAUAGACUGCAAAGAUGCUCUGGACAUGAUUUGUAAUUUGGAGUCAGAGGAAGACGAGAAAGGAGCUCUCAGUCUUUGUACAGCAUUCUUUAAGCGCCAGCUUCUCAGUGGGGAUGUUUACUGUGCCUGGGAGCUGACACUGUUUUGGAGUAAGCUUCUAAUUCGGCUAGAAUCAAAACCGGUCUUCUUGGAGCAGUGCAGACUGUUAUCACGCCUCUCUGGGAGUGUGUACCAUAUUCUGCUUCUCAUCAAAGUUAUUCAGGCUGAGGUUGGAAAAGAUGGACUUUCAGUGUGCAUCGAAAUGUGCAUUCAAGCACUAAAAAUUGGUGUUCAUGACAAAGAGGACUGCAAUAUCACUAUCUGCAAAACAAUCUCUUGUUUGCUGCCUUUAGACUUAGAAGUGAAACGGGCUUGUCAACUCACUGAAUUCCUGGUAAAUCCAUCAUUGGACUCUUUUUAUGCUGUUGAGACACUUUUUAAUGAACCUGACCAAAAGAUCGAGGAGGAGGAUCCACCAAUUGUGAACUCACUACGCUGUGACCUGUUGUUGGCCUUAAAGACAAAGUGGCCUUUUGAUCCGGAGUUCUGGGACUGGAAAACUCUAAAGCGUCAUUGCAUUGCUUUGAUGAGUCAGGAGGCAACGGCAAUAUUGUCUGCUGACAAACUUAGUGACAGUGAAGACAAUGAAGGCCAGGAUCCUGAUGAGAAUGAUUUUAGCAAUCUACAUUUAACCCAUAGUCCGACUUAUGAGCUCAGUGAAGUUGAAGCAGAACGAAAGAAGAAAAGAGAAAUGAAGAAGAUGAGAGAGAGGGGAUUUGUGUCUGCUCGAUUCCGUAACUGGCAAGCUUAUAUGCAGUAUUGUGUGUUGUGUGAUAAAGAAUUCCUAGGACACAGGAUUGUGAAGCAUGCAUUAAAGCAUGUCCAAGAUGGGAUUUUCCAUUGCCCAAUAUGUACCAAAACAUUUGAAACUAGGGCAAUUCUAGAGCCUCAUGUAGCAUCACAUGUGAAACAGUCAUGUAAGGAACGUCUUGCUGCUAUGAAUGCAACCAAGAAAGGUCCCAGUCUUGAUACCAAGUUGACAUCAGCUAGCAGUACCUUAAUACAAGACCGUUACAUUAAUACUGCUGUGCAAGUCAAACAAGGGAUAACAUUUAGCAGUAACAAUUUUUAUACUUUAAACAGCACUCCCAGCAAAAAUAAAAAAGGUAAAAUUAGGGCAUCAUCUCCAAGACAAGGUGAACCUGUUCGUGAUGUUAACAACACUAAAGACUGUUCAUGCCCCGUUUCAAGCUGUCAAAAAGUUUUUAAGUACUUCAGGAACUUGGUUGCACAUGUUAGGGCCCACAAAAAUGAACAGGAAGCAACACAUUUCCUAGAGAAACAGAGCAAGAAGGCUACCUGCCAGUAUUGUCACCGUCAGUUUGUAAAUGUGACUCAUCUUAAUGAUCACUUGCAAUUACAUCGUGGCGAGAAGCCAUAUUUUUGCUUUCAGUUGGGAUGUAAUUGCAGCUUUUCCUCUCAUACUGAACUUCUUGUGCACAGAAAAGAGCAUGCUGAAUUUCAGGCACAGUGUACGUAUCCAAACUGUGAGAAAGUAUUCAGCGAGAGGUACUUACUUUAUGAUCAUGAAGCACAGCACUACAUGGUCUUCUCCUGCAAACGUCAAAACUGUGGCAAGGCAUUCCGCACUCUUUCUGAGCUAGAUCUGCAUCAGAAAGAUCACGCAAAGCAGGACCACCCUGCGAUUGAGGAGGGCUCACAUUCUCAACUGCCAUCACCAGCUAAGACUUGUCUUGCCUUAGCACUGUCUCCAAAUAGCCAAAUAAAUAAAGUUUCACAAGAGCCUUGUCUAGUGAAAAUGAAAUGCUCAGUUAAGAGCAUGUUAGAUACUGUUAAAGGUUCAGCAGAAUGCACAGCUCCGUUGACAGCAAGCAAAAAUGAUUUCCAAAAAUCUGCCAUUGAGCCUGAUGUACCCAUAAAGCAAUUGCAUCUUAAACCUUGCUAUGUAAAACUGGAGCCUAUUCCAAUCAAGAGGGAAGAUCCUACAAUUUUAAAUGCGCUAAGGAAUGCUGACAGUUUUACUCAAUCGCUUUUGAAAGAUGAGAAGCUGUUUUCUUUCCCAAGUAGUAAGCCCAAAAUUUCCACAUUGAAAUCUUCUCCCUCUAUAACAGAGGUCAACAAUGAGGAAAGUCUGACUCAUAUAUGUCCAUUCGAAACCUGCACACGAAAAUACAGCACCUCAAAAAGUUUAUCAAGACAUGUUAAAAAUGUUCACGCAGAGGCCUUUGAAGAGUGGAAGCUGUCAAAGAAAUACAAGAGGAUUUCAAAAAUUGCUGCAAGAAAGGCCUCAUCUGAGGACACAAAUACUAGUUCCCGGAAAACGAAGAAAUGCCAUUCCAAACAAGCCUGUCAGCAUGAUGAGGGAAUUGAACAGACUAAAUUUCCUGACUCACUGAUUCAAAGUCCUGCCUCCAUUCUCUCUGGGCAUAACAGUAUGCAGCCCUUAAGUGCCAAGUUUUGCUCUCAGCUGGAAAGCACUCAAAGUGACACUGCAAUACCAAAUCAGACAGGACUGAUGCAAUUACCGAUAUCUCAGACAUGGGCAACACCUUCAACGGAUAACAUGGAUGCAGGUUUUUCAGUACAGAAUCAUUACCCUCCUAUGAUUUUGUCCGAGAACCACGCCAGCCCAUCAUACCAUUCUGGUGCAGUCUUAGAUUACGCUUCUGCCUCAUCUUAUGAAGGCAUCGCACAUGUGGAUGCCCACACACCAUCAAGUGUGAUGAACGAAGCCUCAAAAUAUGUGUCAAGCUCUCUUAGGGUACUUCAUGCCCUUAAUUGUGAUCAGACUUGUGACUUGUCACAGGCUGAAUCAGGUGUUGAUCUCGGAUACAAUCAGAUUGGACACAAACAUUCCAAUGAGAUUUCUCUCAGCACGAAUUUGUUGCAUACUGGACCUUUGCCGGGGCAGAAUUUCAGUCCAUAUUUUUCAACUUUCCCAUCAGAGCCAAGUCCCAUUUCAGUGCAGUCGCUGGGAAAUUCAAACAAAGAAAUGGGCACUGAUGCAUUAUUCUCAUCAGAAAUCAAAUGUAUGUCAAAUCUUGCAACCCCUUAUUUUAAGGAACAAUCAGAAGAUUUCGCCAUAUCAGCUUUUAAUGACGUCCCCCUGAUUGAUGAGACAAAUCCAAGAGAUUUUUGUAAUCCCGAAUUGUCACUCAAUGGAAAAGAAGGACUCCAUUUAGAUGAUCAGAUCAUUUCAAGUUCUUUGGAAACUACAAAAACCAAGAAAAUCAAAUCAUCUAAGAGAACAAAAUGGCCUGCCAUAAUACAGGAUGGGAAAGUAAUUUGCUGCAGGUGCUACAGAGAGUUCUCAAGUACAAAGUCACUUGGAGGACAUUUAUCAAAACGUUCCCAGUGCAAACCUGUUGAUGAAAUUGAUCUUACUGCUGAUUUACCGACAUCAUUUCUUGAUUUUCUGAAUGAUCCUGAUAUUUCAACAGUACAAAUGCCUUUGCCUACAAGUAACAUGCAUGACCAAAAUCAUGAAUCCUUCAUCGGUCCACCAUUAGAAUCAAAUAUCUUUAAUGCUAGCACUAUAACAAGCACAACAAACAUGCUUGGCACAAAUUGCAGCAUUCAGAACACUAAUAUGUCUACUCAAGACCCAUAUGAAAUUAUUCAAAAUUCCACUUUCUUCCACCCAUCUGUACCAGAGAAAGAUAUAGAAAUCAAACAUGAAGUUGAAAUCACGCCUACAAAUACAGGUGAAGAUGGCAAAAUUGUAGAAAUUGAAAUGGCAUUGGAACGUCUUGAUUUGGUCGAUAUACUCAAUCAGGACACAUUUGUAUCUGAGAGCAGUGACCUUCUGAGUUUAAGUUCUAAAACUGAAACCAGAAAUGAUAAUUGUCACACAAUUAAAGAUGACGAAGAAAAUGAGCAGAAAGUAAAUUUAAAGCCUUUCAGAUGUAAGGAAGGCUGUGUUUAUGGGGCAAUGACAAAAGAAGCCCUCUUUAAACACCUUUCCCGGGUACAUGAUUACAGUGAGGACAGGAUAAACGAAAUGAAGAAAAACCCUGACAAAUUAGCACCCUACAGCUGUCAUUUAUGUUCAAAGUCAUUUACCAGAACCACAGGCCUUAAAAUCCACUACAGAAAUGUCCAUCGUUUUUCAAAAGAAGAAUUGUCUUGCCUGAAAAUUGGUCUAGGCGGAAAAAAAAUCAGAAAAUCUACAGCAGAUUCAGAAGGCGUGAAAACCAGUCCCAUCAUUAAACAGGGAACUGACUCUUUACAUGUGCAGUUUCAUUCCCAAAUCAAUCCAAAAUUAACCAACACAUCUUUACAUUUAUCUGAAGAUGUGCAAGGAGAAGCUGCCAAUGCAGCAAGGAGAAAUGAGAGCCCUACUCAAGACUCCCUCAAAGUUUUCAGCCCUGAGACCUGCAGGACUUUGGAAGGAUCACAGAUAAAUUCAGUAUAUCUUGGUGUGCUUUCAGAUACUUUUGUAAAACCGCUGCAGAUCCCUUCUGUGAGCACAGAAAAUCAUGUUAGUGACCCAAAUGAGCCAGGUAUAUUUGCAAUGCAAGAGCUGAGUGGUGGAAGUCCCUAUGCCUUUGGCACAAGGAAUGCUCCAGACAAUGGUACCGAAGGUGCAACUACACAGUUGAAUGGACAAACUGAGACAAAUUCAAAUGUGGUGAUGGGCAACAUUGAUUCUGGUGAUUCAAGUGGUACACUGGGUUUGUACAGGCCAUACCGAUGUGUGAUUGAAGGAUGUAUGGCUGCCUUUUCAAUCGAACAAAAUCUUAUCCUCCAUUACAGGGUUAUGCAUCAGUCAGAUGAAAAAACCGCCAGUUCUAAAGAAGCUGAAAGGACUCUCCGAGUGCAGGAAUACAAAUGUCAAGUCAAAAAGUGCUCAAAAGUUGUGUCGAAGGUAACCAGUUUGUUGAAACACUAUCUUUUACUUCACAGAUGCACAUUGGAAAAAGCAAGUGCAUUGUUAUCUGGUGUUGAGGUUGGCACAUUUCAGUGUGACCAGUCAAAAUGUUCAGCUCACUUCACAUGUCAUUUGAAAUACAUUGAUCACAUCAAAAAUGAUCACAAGGCAAUAAAAGUUUCGGCAGACGGGGACUUUGAGAGCGUGGACCUCACAUUUCAGUGUAAAUUUGAAGGUUGCGACAGGGUUUAUACAACCAAGUCAAACCUUCUACGACAUCUUAUGAAGAAACAUCAUGUAACUUUUAAAACCAUGAAAAAAAAUGGGAACGAGGAUGAUGUUCAAUCAAGCAAGUUAAGCACAAGUGCAGAUCCUAAUGGAAAAGAGAAUACUGCAAAUAACAAUAUUAAAGUAAAGAGAACGAAUUCAAAACGGAAAUCGAACACACAAAACCAUUUGAUGACCUUUGUAAAGCCAGCCCUUAAAUCCGUUGAUGAAGCAUCUGCCAUGUGCAAUAAAACAUUUCCUCUACAGUACCCCUGCAUGAUUCAAAGUUGUGAUUCAGUUAUGAGUGCAGAGCAGACUAUAUUGAAACAUUAUACAACUCAUGGUCUCACAGAACAGUUCAUUGAGGAUCAGAGGGGCCAGUUUAUAUUUUGCAAGAAAAGCAGCGAUGAGACCAGGCCAGAUGGUACCUCAAAAGAUACGGAGAUGGAGCAAACAGUCCUUCGCAAAGAUCAAACAGAGAAUUCAGAGGUCAGUUUUCAAGACGUAGGCCCAGAAGGUCCUGCAGAAGUUCAGACUGCACCAGACAUUCAGACUGCGAAAGAUUCUGAGAUGGAGCAAACAGUCCUUCACGAAGACCAAACAGAGAAUUCAGAGGUCAGUUUUCAAGACGUAGGCCCAGAAGUUCCUGCAGAUGUUCUGGCUGCACCAGAUGUUCUAGUUCAUGAAAAUUCCACUGCCACAACCAUGCCGGUAGUCAAAAGGAAAAGGGGUCGUCCACGCAAGUCGGAAUGUAGAAACAAAAUCUCUCUAGAGAGGAAGCUAAGUCUUAGGAAAUGUAUGUUGAAAGUCUCAGGAUCUAUAUUGACCUCUUCUUACCAUAAAGAGAAGCAUGUAGAGAAAGAAGUUGCACUAAAACUUCACAGGCCUUCAAAAUUUGAGACAUCCGUCCUGAAGUUCAAUAGAGACUCUUCAGCCAAAAACUCUGCCAAGCGAAAAAUAAAUCCACGGCAUUGGAAAUCAAAGCAACAGCGGACACUUCAAACAAUCAUCCGAAAAAGAGGUGCAGUCAAAUGUAUUGUUAAUUUCAGAAAUCCCCUGAAGAUCAAGACUGUAAAGAAUGUUAAAAUUGUUAUGCAUGAAAACAUUUCCACAUGUUCUGAUCUUCUGCUAAAACAACUUCAAGACAUGCAGCCAAUGGUCAUCCUGAAGAAGUGGCUGCACAGUUGAUGUUUAGGUUAGAGACUGAUUUUUUUUAUUAUUAUUUUACAAGGCUUUGCACUCAGGACCACAUACUGUAUGUCACUGUACUGUUUGCUGCUGGCAAGUACAUCCAGUUACACUCUCACACAGGAGCGCCUUAAGGUACCUCAGGGCCCAUGGGCUCACCAUUCCACGGUUAUUCUGUGAACAUGCGCUACACAGACACUUGUUUAUAUCAGCAUCUCCCUGCUGAACACGGUUACAUGCACUCUCCUCCCGCGAACGUAGACAGGGGAGAAUAGGGUGACGGAUGCCGUGAAUGAGUUGUGGGCCCCUGGGAUUCAGCCCCUGUGUAAGCCCGUGCAUUAAUGCGCCCCUGCUUUCACACAUUUAUAGUAGUUUCAACAAAUUGUUUGUUACUAAAAUUUGAUUAGUGGUUAAAAUCUUUUGUACAACAUUUUAAAUUUUGAUGUUCCAUUAAGGUUGUGUCUAAAACCAUUUUGUAUUUCUGAAAAUCUCAGAUGAAAGAAAUAGAUGAAAUCAUUUUUAAAAAUGUACAAUUUUAUGUAGUAUAAAAAGGUAUGAAUGAUAUAUCCCUGUGGGAUUUGUAUCCUUUUUUGUUGUUGUAUAAAUAUUUAUUUUUAACUUAACAGUAGUGUAUUAAUAUACUUGUCUUCCAUCUAAUAUUCAAUUAAAAUAAAUCUGAAUGCUCAUGUAAAUUGUA